AUGGGUCCCCCCGGCCUGCCCUUGAGGCCCUGGUCACCGUGGGGCCGGGUCCCUCAACGCUCCCUUCUCCCCCAAAUCUGCCCACACCCUGUGCCCGCCCCCCGAGCCUCUCCCCAGCUCUUGCCCGCAACGUCCUCCAGCACCUGCCCCGAGCCCGGAACCCUCCCACCUCCCCAGAGCUCGCGCCCCGCACGCUGCCCACGCCCUCGGGAGGUUCAGGGCCGGGACCCGCGACCCCGACCCCCGAACGCAAGCAAGGCGGCCCGCAGUCCUGACGCGGACCGGCCGGGUACCGCGGCGGCGGCCACAAAGCUCAAGCCGCGGGGCUGGGAUUGCGCCGCGCUCCUCGCCUCAGCAGCCGCCGCCGCUGCUAAGGACGCACAACAAACAAUGCGGGGCCCGGGCAGCCUCCGCCAACUGCCUCAACCGCCGCCUCAACCGCCGCCCGCCCGGGACGGCCCGCCGCGCAGGCGCCGGCCCCGCCGCAGCCUACCCGCGCCGCCGCGCUCCGCCCGCGUCCGCUCCCCGCUCCCGCUCCGCCGCCGCCGCCACCUCGUCCGCCCGCGUCUCCGGCUCCUCAGCACAGCGGCGGCGGCUGCGGCGGCUGCUGCCUUGGUGGCGCUCGCGGAUCCGAGCUCGGUUUCGGCAGCGACCGCGGCGGCGGCGGCAAGCACGGGGCGGGGCCCGCGGCUGCUGGGGAACGGAAAGCCCGCCCCAUCGCCCUCCGCGCGCCCCCUGCACGCGCGCUCUGCCGCACCUGAGAGCUCCGGCCAGCGCCCGCCGCCACCGCCGCCGCCGCGCCGCGCUGCUGCCUGCGUCAACUGCGCACCUGGGAGCGCGCAGGGCGCUCAGGCCCGCGGCCGCCGCCUGCACCUGCGAGACCGCUUACGUAAACUGCGUCCCGCCCACCUCGAGGCGCUUAGCCCGGGCCGCAACCGCACCUGA